AUGUCUAUCUUCAAACUCUCCUCUGAGAGCUUUGAGAACUUUGAGCAAUACCUAAAUGCGUCUUCUCUCUCGAUGCCGGCAAGCCCCACCACCUCUCAGCAGAGUAACUACGAGCUCCAACUUCUGGGUACUCAAAAUGGCGAAAACCAGACGCCGGCGUCGUGGCGUUCUUUAUUUGCAUUUACGAAUCGGCAGCACACAGGAUACCUUGUACUUUCACUUAUCUCGUCAAUUGGAGCUGGAAUCCCACAACCUACAUCCGCCAUCUUCUAUGGUUACAUUUUUUCCGACUUGGCGCAAUAUGGAUCAGGUAAUGCCACUGGCAAAGAUACUCUGAAUAACAUCUCAAUAUGGUGCAUAGCGUUGACGGUUGUGGGGGUGGUGGCUUGGGUUCUCCAAGGCGGAUCUCUUUCUUCGUGGAUGAUAUUUGGAGAAGUUCAGGCAAAGACUGUUCGCCAAGCGAUGUUCGAGGGAAUGCUGGAGAAAGACAUGGAGUGGUAUGACCUCCGCGAAGAUGGCGUUGCCUCGCUUCUAGUUCGCAUUCAUACGCAAACUAGGGAAUUACAACUAGCCAUUUCACAGCCUCUUGGUUUUCUAUGUACGGAGUUCAUAGGGUCUCUUAUUGCGCUCGGUAUCGCGUUGUACUUUUCAUGGAAAGUUACUCUUGUCGUCGUCGCAACCUUCCCGGUCAUGGCCUUGUGCUUAUCACUAGCCACACGAAGCCUAGGGCCAGCCAUAGAAGCACAGAAGAGAGAGCUCACGAAAGCAUCUAAAUACGCCAACACUGCAAUGACAUCCAUCAAUACAGUCAAAGCUUUCAACGGACAGGAGCAAGAGGUAUGGCAAUACUACGAAACCAUUAAAUUAGCUGCAGCGAAAUAUCUGAUUCAAGCACGGGUCAACGCGCUUCAAUUUGGGAUAACCAAGUUUGCAAUGAUUGGUAUAUUCCUCCAAGGGUUCUGGUUUGGCCUGAUCCUCGUUCGCCAAGGAUUGGACCCUGGCCGUGUGCUUACAGCCUUUUACGCCUGUCUUUUCUCCGUUCAAGCCGUCGAGAUCAUUCUACCCCAAUGGCUUGUUCUCACCAAGGGUAUGUCCGCUGCUCAUACAUUAAAGUCUAUCAUGAUCCAGAUGCAGGAUGGCCGAGAAACCACCAACAUGACUGGUUGCAUAAAGCCAACUGCUUGUAUCGGAGAUAUUGAAGUAAAUGAGGUCAGUUACAAAGUCCAUUUCCGUACGCAGGUGUCGUUCGCAUAUCCGUCAAAUCCUCGACAAGACACAUUAAUUCAGGCUAAUUUAUUCUUCCCUUCUGGAGAGACCACCUUUGUUGUUGGCAAAAGUGGAUCUGGAAAGACAACGUUGGGGAAUCUGCUCAUGAAGUACUACGAGACAGCUAGGGGAGAAAUUUUUAUCGAUGGACGAUCAAUCAAAUCACUUGAUACACACUGGUUGCGUCAAAAUAUCACCUUGGUCCCACAAGAAAGUGUCUUGUUCAACGAAACUGUGUUUCAAAAUAUUGCCUUCGGAAGACGCGAUGAUGCUACUCGAGAGGAUGUCCUCGAAGCAGCUGAAACAGCAGACCUGCAUCAGACUUUGACGGCUCUCCCACAUGGUCUUGACACUGUAGUAGGAAUGAAUGGCAAAUCAUUGAGUGGUGGACAGCAACAGCGGGUGGCAAUUGCAAGAGCUCGCCUUCGAGAUGCUCCGAUCCUGAUCCUAGAUGAAUCUACCAGCGCUCUCGACUAUACGAGCAGAACCAGAGUGAUGGAAGAAUUGAGACAAUGGAGGCAUGGCAAAACAACCAUCAUUGUUACUCAUGAUGUGACGCAAAUCUUGGACAACGAUUACGUGUAUGUCCUAGAAAAUGGCGUUGUUGUUCAAGAAGGCUAUCGUAAGAAGUUGGCCGAAAAACUUCACGGAACCUUCUCGACGUUUCUACCAACAGUCUCGCCACCUACUGUUCAAGAACCCCAGUUCGUUGAGAUCCUUGAUCCGAGGCGCAAAUCUGAGCCAUUCACACCCUCUAUAUCAAGCCCAGAUUCGUUUACGUUCUUUGGUGAAGAAACUCAAAGUUCCCAUCACGUCUCGAGAUUAUUUGGCAUAACGGAUUAUACCCCAACAAUCAAACCAAGUAAUCGCAUGUCGCUUGGUGUCGGUCUCGGAACAGCACAGGCUUACGAUCUUCGAGCGGGUGAGAUUUGGUCUACUCCGUUGGCUCCAGAGGAAGAGAGACUUCAAUACCACGAUUCUCGGCGGUCAUUCGUUCCUCUACUGCCUCCUAAACCUAUUCAGCAGUCAUCAGACCUACCUCUGAGAGCUUGUUAUCCGAAAAUACCACCUCCAGUACCACGCAAGAACAGUGUGCCUGGUUCUUCGAUUAGUCCAUUCGAUCCACAACCAGCCUCCGGACAAGAAACUCACCAUAGGCUUACCCUUCCAGCCCGACCUACUCUACCUAGUCUCGAUACUUCAGCCGGGGCCAGUGAGCUUUUUAUCACUGAAGUACCUGAUGUUGUACUCCCACGGAGCUCUAAUAAAGGUAAAGGAAAGCGGAAAAAGACAGCAGCAUCUCUAGCUCAAAUUCUGGGUACGAUUUGGCCGAUAUUGACUUGGAACGAGAAGAUCAUUCUUAUGAUUGGGUUCAUUGCUGCCUUUAUGGUUGCAGCCUCUACGCCAGCUUUUGCUUUUGUUUUUACAAAGCUUCUUGGUACGUUUUACCUCGUCCACAAUCAAUCAGCAGCAGCUCGAACCUGGGCAUUGUCUCUUCUGGGUAUUGCUAUAAUCGAUGGCAUAUCUGCUUUCACCACGCACUUUGCUCUCGAGUAUUGUGGUCAAGCAUGGGUCAAUUAUCUUCGAGUGGAAGCAAUGAAGCGGAUACUGGCGCAACCCAAAUAUUGGUUUGACAAGAAGAGGAACUCACCAGAUAAACUUAACGAAUCCUUGGACAGAAAUGCCGAAGAGAUGCGCAAUCUGAUUGGCCGCUUUGCUGGUCCAAUCUUCACGGUCGCCUGGAUGCUGGGUAUAUCAGUUGUUUGGGCAUGUUUGCUUUCUUGGAAGCUUACUCUUGUUGCCCUCGCCUGUGGUCCAAUUAUGCUGGUUCUCACCAGAACCUUUAAUUGGGUAAGCAGCACAUGGGAACACAAAUGUAACCAAGCUUCCACAAUCACCAGCAGCAUCUUCACAGAGACCUUUUCUAAUAUCCGGGUUGUUCGCGCAUUGACCUUGGAGGAUUACUUUGCAGGCAAACAUGACAAAGCGACCUUGGAGACAUAUAAAACAGGUCGAUCCCGAGCAGUCUACUCCGGACUGCUCUAUGGACUCACAAACUCUGCAAGCUUAUUCAUCACAGCCCUUGUCUUCUAUUAUGGCACUGUCCUUAUCAUUCGAGGCGAAAACGAUGUUGAGCGCAUCAUCCAAGUCGUCAACCUUCUGCUCUUUGGAAUCGGCAACUCAACAGCCAUGAUUUCAAUGGUUCCUCAAAUCAACUCAUCCCGCACAACAGCAACACACAUGCUCUACCUAGCAAAUCUACCACUCCAAAACUCCCACGAGUCUCAAGGAAGAAGGCGUAUCUCAACUCCCUUCCCAAUCCAAUUCAACGAUCUCUCUUUCGCCUACUCAACUUCACGAGACUCCAAAACCCUUAGCAAUAUCAACCUCACUCUCAACGCCGGCACCUGCACCGCCUUAGUCGGCCCGUCCGGCAGUGGCAAAAGCACCAUCACCUCCCUUCUCCUCGGCCUCUACCCACCAUCCCCCGCCCUCCCACACCACUUGCCACCGCUCACGUUUGCCGGCGUGCCUAUUACCGAGUGCAACCUCCGCACCCUUCGCUCCUUCAUCGGCACCGUCCCCCAAACACCCCUCCUCUUCCCCUCUUCCAUUUACGAAAACAUAACCUACGGCCUCCCCGAAGGCUCGCCCUACGCCAUCCUCACAGCAGCCAUGCACGCUGCCGAAGACGCCGGUAUCCACGACUUCAUUAUGACGCUGGAGCAUGGUUACAACACACGCAUUGGAGAUGGUGGCAUGGGACUUAGUGGAGGCCAAGCGCAACGUAUUGCUAUCGCCCGCGCGCUUGUUCGGCGGCCGAAGCUUUUGCUCCUCGAUGAAGCGACGUCAGCUCUUGAUGCUGUAAGUGCGGAAGCUAUACGAGAGACCGUAAGGAAACUUAUGGAGAGAGGGAGGGAGAGCGAGGACGGUGGGGUUGCGGUGCUUAUUGUUAGUCAUAAUGUUGAAAUGAUGCGCAUAGCGGAUCAAGUUAUUGUAGUUGAGGCCGGGUGUGUUGUGGAGGCGGGCAGUUUUGCGGAGUUGAGGGUAGGAGGGAUGAGGUGGUGGAGGAUAUGA